AUGGCGGAUAACCGUCCUUACAUGCCAAGCGCGGCAGGCGCGUCAGGAGAUCACGAUACGCUGACCAGCUAUCCCGAGCCUCAUGGCAGCGGAGCUCCGCAGAGCAGCGGGGGGUACGAGAUAGGCCAUUCCAGCGGCAUUCCGCGCGACAAGGAGGACGUGCUCAGGACGCUGCCUCCCCCCUACGGGCGGACCCACCCGCCGGUCGUCAAGAGGUGGUUGGACCGCCGAGGAGCGAAAAGUGUGCUGCUCGCAAAGGUGAUAGCGUCGGCUUUGCGUAACAUCGUGUUAACGGCUUGCUUUUGCUUUCGCCUGCGAUCCGCUCUCCCCGCCCCCACUUGUCCGGCACCAGCGGAGUUCUUCCCCGACCGCACGGACGUGCAGUGCCUGCACCGAUGGCAGAAGGUGCUCAACCCCGACCUCGUCAAGGGGCCCUGGACCAAAGAGGAGGACGAGCGCAUAACGGAGCUGGUGGCGCAGUACGGCGCCAAGAAGUGGUCGCUCAUCGCGCAGCACCUGCCGGGGCGCAUCGGCAAGCAGUGUCGCGAGCGGUGGCACAACCACCUGAACCCGGGCAUCAAGAAGGAGGCGUGGGGCGAGCACGAGGACGUGCAGCUCAUCAAGGCGCACAAGCUCUUCGGCAACAAGUGGGCCGAAAUCGCCAAGUUCCUUCCCGGCAGGUGCGUGCGCGGUGUGCGAGUGCGUGCGCUUGCAGUUGGUCGCGAGGGGUAUCCGCCGCUCGUCGCGCGCGCGGGAGGCCGGGUGCCUGUCGCGGCUGUGUUUCCUUGCCUUGCAGGUUCGUCGCGCAGUGUUGGUCGAGAGAGCGCAUCCAGGCAGCACGGAUCCGCGCAUCCGUUUGUGCAUCCACUCGCCUUGCUGCCUCCAUGCAGCCGUGCGUGCUUCCGGUACUCAUCUUGUUUGUCCUCCUCCUAUCCCCGCUUCGUCCCCUCCCCCUUCGUUCCCCGCGGACCUUUCCGCCUUUCCCCUCGGCCCGGCAGGACGGACAACUCCAUCAAGAACCACUGGAACAGCUGCAUGAAGAAGCGCGCUGAGCUCUGCACUCUCGCGGACCUCCUCGCGCUCCCGCCGUCACCCGGGCUUCCCGAAAUCCCCAUCUCCGCGGAAGUGCUGCAGGCCGCGCGCGAGGGGAAGCCGCUUCCGCCCAUCGGCGGAGACGGCGCCUGCGGGAGCGGGAGCGGGGGAGAGGAGGAGGAGAAUGGAGGGGAGGAGGGUGAUGACGAUGCGGAAGCGGAGGAGGGGGCGAGAGGGGCCGAGGUUAAUGGAAAGGGUAAGGGGAAGGAGCGGGCGGGAGAGAGGGAGAACGGAGGGUCGCAGCAGGGGGAGGAGCAGAUGGAAGUGGCGGUGGGCAUGCCUGCGCUGCCCCGAGGCCACUUCCAGGGGAACGUUCAGGUGCUUCCGCAGCAGGUGGUGGUGAAGCUAGAGAUGAUGGAAGAGCAACGUCGGCAGCAACAACGGGAGCAGGAGCAACAGCAACAGCAGCAACACGACCAGCAGCAGCAGCAGCAGCAGCAGCAGUCGCAGAGACCUUGUUCGACUGUCUCUGGCAGUCGUUCUGAUGCGUCGUUGUCCCGUCCCUCACCAUCCGACGCCAUCUUAAACCCCUCUUGCGCGCCUCGCUCCCCCGCCGCCCCCAGCCCGGCUCAGCCUUCCGCCAGCGCGGGUGCCAGCCCCCCCGCGUCCCCGGAGAAACACUCCGCCCCCUCCGCGCGCCUGUCCCUUUCCGGAGCACCUCCUGCCCGCCCCGCCCAAGCGCCAGUGGCGAGCGGCCCCAAUCCCAUGUCCAGUGGCUCACAGAGAGUGAACGGCGCCCCUCUGCGCGCAUGCAGUGCGACUCAGGCGCAGCCCCAGCCCCAGGCGCAGGGGCAGGCGCAGACGCAGGCACAGAGGCAGGGGCAGACGCAGGCACAGGGGCAGGCGCAGGUCCAGCAGAUGGCGCCUGGCGUGCACCUGACGAGCGGCCGCUGUCGCGUGGGGCCCACCAGCCGCACCAUCACGCUGCUGGGCGGCAGACUGCCGUCCGCUCUGGCGUGCUCUCCCGAAGAGAAAGGGCCCCGCCCUGAUGGAGAUGAGGAUGGCGAUGGUGGCAGUGGUGCUGGUGCUGACGUGGCACACGGUGCCAUCGCAAAUGCGCCCCCCCGCGCCAGCAUGCCCCCCAGCAGCACCGCGCCCUCGCAUUCCCCCACCAGCUCCGCCCCUCCGCUCGCCCUGGGCUCCGCGCUUUUGUCCUCCGGUGCACCCAGCAGCAGCGCGCAGGGGGGGAGUGCAGAGCCCAGUCUGCUGCGCAUUGCGUGCAGCAGACCGCUGAAUGCGCCUGGCGGGAUGGCAGACACCAAACCCCAAAUCCUCCCAGUCAGCCGAAACGCUGUAACGGGUGGCAGCAACGCUGUUCCAGGUGGUACCACAUUGGCAGGCGACGCUGCAGCACAAGGGCGCGCAGCAAGCCGUGCAGGCGGAGCCUGGGAGUCGAGGGCGGAAGUGAAGGCGGAGAGUGACAGCAGGCGAGGGCGCGAGGGGGCGGAGGAGGAGGAGGCGGCAGCGGUGCAGCGGCUGCUGAGUCUGGACGGGGCGGCAGCAGAGCCGCUGUUCCAAGCAGCGGAGCAGGCAGUGCACGAGUACCAUGCGACUCAGGGCUUCCAGGGCAGUCAGGGCGGCCUUGCAGGGGACGCUGGAUCCGCGGUGACUGAUGCAGGAGCGACUGGCUCCACCACCGCCGCCGCCGCCGCUGCUGCUGCCGCUGCUGCGGAUACUCCCACUCCUGCGUCUGCUGCGGCUGUUGCAGCAGCAGCAGCAGCAGUGCCGGGGCUGGUGACGGUGGAGAGGGCAGUGGAGAGGGCGGUGGAAAGGGCGGUGGACGAUUCGCUCUUCUACGUGCCGCCGCAGCUGGACCACCUCGAUGCUGCGCCCUCCACUGCUGUCUCCUCCGCGCCCCCUCCCCUCGUGCCCCUGCCCCCCCUCUUCGACUCGUUCCUCCUCAGCCCCACCACCGGCCCCGCCCUGCCCGCCUCACCGCAAAUCACCGCUCUCAACCUCCCCUCCUCCUCUGCGCAGCCCUUCUCGUCGCCUCUCGGCCUGCGCCAGAUGCUGCCUCCCCUGCCGACCACCGGCUGCCAGACCCCCAGGCAGAUGCAGCCUGCCCCGUCCACGGCGGGCUGUCAGACGCCAGUGAACGCCAUCUUCUCAGGCCUCUCGCCCUUCCUCUCUGGCCGCAGCCCCCCCUCGUGCGCUGCCUCGCUGUCCAUGUCGUGCCUGCUGCUCAGUGCUGGCCGCUCCCUGGACGGCCCUCCUUCCAUCUUCCGCAAGCGCCGGAGGGUCGUUGACGUCACUGCCAACGCCUCUGCUGCUGCCACGCCUCCACCUGCUUCUCGUGCUGCGGCCGCGGCUGAUAGUGCUGCAGCUGUCGCUGAUGCUGAUGGGGCUACUGUAGGUGGCGGAAAGGGCGGGGAGGAGCGGGGGGAGAAGGGAAAGGAGGGUGGGAGAGAGGCGGAGGGAGUGUUGGAAUCGGGCAGGGUGCUGGCUCUGCUGAGGGAGCAGCCCGAGGGGCUGGGCAGUGCACAACGCAGAGCAGGGCCAGCGGGGGCAGAGGAGGCCCCCACUGCAGGCCGGGCUGGCGAAGGUGGUGGCGCUAAGGGGAGUGAUGCAGGCGAUGGUGGCAGUGACGGGCGUGAUAAGGGCGGGCUGCUUCUGCGGAUGGGCAAUGGUGCUGACAGUAAGGAUGGUGGCAGCGAGAAUGAGAAGGGGAGUGAGAGUGAUGUUAAGGUCGGGAAUGAGAAAGGGAGGGGCGGCGAGGGGCUGCGGCGUGAUAAAUCGGGCGAAUGUGGCCUGGAUGGCGAGAGCAGCCCCCCGUGCAGGCGGGCAGCUGUGAAGGAUGGCCGUGCAACCGACCUGGGGGACAAGGAGAAGGAGCAGAAGGAGGAGGAGGAGGAGGAGGAAGUGGAAGUGGAUGAAAAGGAGGGAAAAGAGGAGGGACCGGGAAAGGAGCAGGAGGAGGAGGAGCAGGAGGCGCAGGAGGAGGAGGAGGAGGAGGAGGAUCCGGCUGAUUUCGCUCUGCCAGCAGCUGCCAUUGACGGCGAGGGCGGGGAGGGCGGCGCUCAGUGUGGGCCGGUGACGUGGACGCUGACCCGUGGCAAGAGCGUGAGCCCCGAGGGCAAGAAGCGCGCACGCGAGGGCGAGGAGGAUGGGGCGCAGGCAGGGGCGAGGGGAGGAGGCGGCAUGGGAGGAGCAAGGGCGGAAGGGAGAGUGUCUCCGAGGAAGCAGCUGAAGCUGGAUGGGCAAGUUGCGAUGGUGGCUGCUGCUGCUGGCGCUGCUGGUGCUGCUGGUGCUGCUGGCAGUGGGGCCCUGCCCCUGAGCCGUGUGCUGCACUUGGAGCUGGAUGCGGCUGCUGACACCCACAUGCAUGACGCCAUGCAUGGCAGCAAACCCAGUCAUGAGCUCACCACUCCGCACUCAAAGAAGCAGGAGCAGCAGGGUGCAUCCUUGAGCAAGCCGCUCUCCUCGUCCUCCACUCUCCCGUCCCCCCCGCUCUGUGUUUCUGCCUCAUCCACUCGAGACGCCUCGUCCCCGUCAUCCCUCGCGCCCGUACCCUCUGCAGGCACCACCUCUACCGACUCUCCUGCUGCCACUGCGCCUGCGCAUGCUGAUGCUCCUCAGCCCACAUCUGCACCUGCUGCCCCUGCUGCUGCUACAGCAGCACCACCACCAUUACCAGCGUCACUAGUAGCUGGUGUCGGGGCAACAGUGGGAGUGGUGGGGCGAUCGCGUCUGGGUACAGUUCCUGUGGUGGCCUCCCCUAGAGUGGGUCCGCUGCGGUCAGGAGUGGUGGAGAAUGGUGAGAAGGUGGGGGCAACGGAGGAGGGGAGUGCAGGCAGGGAGAAGGAGCGGCAAGAGAGCAAGUGUGUGCAGGGCACUGGUGCGAGCAGUGCAGACAGCAAGCCGUGUGACUCUUCUGACACUGCUGUAGCUGCUGCAGUUAAGGUUGGGACCAAGGCAGGCAGCACCACAGCAGCAGGCUCACACAAGGGUCCGGCCCUGAAGGCACAGACGAGGAGGCUGAUCCGCAAGGUGCUGCCUGGGGGAGGCGUUGACUGGCAGGUGGCGGCUGUGGGGCCUGGGCUCGCCAGCCUCAGGGGCAUUCUGCAGGCUGCCUCCGGCGCCCCGCCGCCCCUCACAGGAGCCCUGCCCUCGCACAUACGCAAUGGCACUGCUGGAGGCACAGGGGCAGCAGCAGCAGGAGCAGCAACAGCAGUGGCGGUCCCUGCAGGGCCUUUUGGAUCCGGGCGCCUGCUGUCCUCUGCAGCAGCUGCAGCAGCAGCUAAGGCUCGGCCCGCACCGAGGGAGCUUUGCUCGCCGGAGCUGGCAGGUUCAGGUGCGAGCGUGAGCUACUCAGGGUGCUACAGCAGCUGCAGCGGCAGCCAGUCGUGCAUGAGCGGGGCACUGUCCCCCUCAGUGACACCAGCGACCUCCCCUCCUGCGGCAGCACUGAUGGCCGCCACGAGCACCAUGGCCUCUGCCACUGUCACGUCUGCUGCUGCUGCUGCACCGCCUCCGCCCCUGCAGAUGCCCUCACCUGCACAGCCCCAACUGCCCCUUGUGCAUGGCAAGAGCGGUGGCAGGGCGGGGAGUGCGAGGGUGGCCCUGGCUGCUUCUGGUAGCAGUUGCGAGGGUGCUGCCGGUGGUUGUCCUCGCGAUGGUUCUGCUGCCACUGGUGCUGAGUGUGCGUCUGCAGAGGCUGGUGAUGCGGCAGUAGCAGAGGUUGGUGAGACUAUGGCUGUGGGUACCUCUGGUGCGAGCGAUGGCCAUCACGCUGCUGCUUCUGCAGCACCUGAUGCAGCACCUGAUGCAGCACCUGAUGAAACACCUGAUGCAUGUGAUGGCGAAGGCAGGGAGGAGGCUGACCCCCGUGGAUGCGCAGAGGCAGUGAAUGAUGUGGUCGAAGUGCCAGAAGAAGGCAAGCCAUGCACAGCACCAGUACCAGCGCCACACGACACCUCCACGUCUCCGCCCCGCCCGCUCAAGCGCCCCUUCCCUGCAGCGGACAAUGCCGACCCACCAGCUGAUUCCAGUGCUGCUGCUUGUGGCUCUGCAGCCGCCGCUGCUGGUGCUGCUGAGGGUGGCGACAGUGGUGGUGGAGCGAAUGGCGGAGAGGCAGGCGCAGCAGCAGCAGGAGGAGCAAGAGGAGAGGAGGGUUCAGAGAGGAAGGUGAGGCGGGUGCGACCGCCACUGCACCGGUGCGUGGGCAAGCCACAGCAGCAGGCACAGGCGCAGGGGGAGGGAGAGGGCGAGGGUGGAGAGGUGGAGGGAGAAGCAGCAGGCGGUUGUGCUGGUGUGUUGUCCCCACCCCCUCUACAGCGCGUGGCAGCAUUGCGCGCACCAGCAGCAGCAGGGGAGGGGCAGGGGAACAGCAGAGCAGAGGCAGGAGGGGGUAAUGGAGGAUCUACUGCGGUGGGAGGGGGUGAGGGGGCAGCCGGGUCGGAGGGGCAGUGGGUGCUGCAGGAGGUGGGGGUGGAGGGGUCGCUCUUCUCCCCAACGCCUUCACGUGCAGGCAUGGCGGGCAUGGCAUCCUCACUCGCCUCACCCAUGUCGCCCUUCACCGCUCGCUGGCUCUCGGUACGUUGCUCCCCUGCUCAACCCCUCUGCUUCGCACUCAUUUCCUCCCUUUCCCCGCCUCCCUUCACUCUCCCUCAUCUACUAUCCCUCCCAUACUUCUACCACGCUGUCCUCCACUGCCCCUGCCUUCUGCCUGGCCCACCGCCUUAUCUCAUCCAUCUUGCCUGUCCCACUGCUCUCCCCGCCCCUGCCUUCUCUCCCGCUCCUUCCAGCCUGUGA